CGCGUUUCCUCAUAGUUUUUGUGUGCUGAGAACCUUGUGUAAAUGCCUGGAUGUCUUCUAACUGAAGGAGAUAAAAACCCGCAGCGGUAAGUAGAGGCUAUUUGUCGCAGAUAAAAUGAUGGGAAGUGAUAUUCUUUGGAGCAGCUUAUCUACGGUACUGUUGUCUGUCUGCUUGCUGUGUGCAUCAGCUGGAAAGCAAUGUCACAUCCAAAAUGAAAUGGCUGACUGCAGUCACCUAAUGCUGACUCAAAUUCCUUCUGAUCUCCCAGAGAACAUAACAGGCUUGGACAUUUCUCAUAAUCAGCUAAGACUGCUAGGUCCUGCAAAUCUGACCAAGUACAGCCAGCUGAUUUACUUGAAUGCUGGCUACAAUAUCAUCUCUAAACUGCAAUCAGCAUUAUGCCAAAAUGUGCCCUUGUUGCAGAUUCUGAAGUUGGAACAUAAUGAAUUGUAUAAGCUCCCUGAUGGAGUCUUUACUUCCUGCACGAACCUGACUGAGCUCUAUCUAGGAUACAAUAGACUAGCUAUAAAAAAUGAUCCUUUCAAAACCCUGGAGAACUUGAAUAUUUUGGACCUAUCUAAUAAUUUUUUGAAGUCAGCAAAUUUAGGAUCACAGCAACAGCUGAAGAACCUUCAUGAGCUCAUGUUGCAUAGCAAUCAAAUUACUGAGCUGAAAAAGGAAGACUUCAGUUUUCUUAGCAACACAUCACUGAGUACUCUUGAUUUGUCAUCAAAUCCACUGAAAGAGUUUCACACAGGAUGUUUACAUGCAAUUGGAAAUCUGUUUGGCCUCAUACUGAACAAUGUUGAACUUGGUGAAAAUCUCACAAAGAAGAUUGGUACAGAAUUAUCAAACACAGCGAUUCAGAACCUCUCACUGAGCCAUGCGGGGCUUUCAUACAUUGGCAAGACAACUUUUCAGGGUCUUCAAGGAACAAAUCUUACAGUUUUAAACCUUUCCCAAAAUUCUCUGUCUGUGAUAGAAGAUGACUCAUUUCAGUGGCUUUCAAGCUUACGGUACUUAAACCUGAAGCAUAACAAGAUUCAUGUAUCUUCACGUUUAUUUUAUGGAUUAUCCAGCCUCAAACAUUUGAAUCUGAUAAAUUCACUUACUGGGAAAAUUGAAGAUUUUUCCUUUCAUUGGCUAUACCACCUGGAGUACCUUACAAUGGAUAAUAACAAUUUUCCAGGAAUUAGUGCUAAUAUGUUCACAGGUCUGAACAACCUGAAAUACCUCAGUCUCUGUAACUGCAACAUAAAUUUACAAAAAAUAACUAAUAAAACAUUCUCAUCACUUGCUAAUUCCACCUUGCAGUUUCUCAACCUCACAAAAACAAGAAUCUCCACAAUAGAAGGUGGAGCAUUUUCCUUCUUGAGACACCUGAAAAGUCUCGAUCUUGGUCUCAAUGAAAUUAGUCAAGAGCUCACAGGUCAUGAGUUUAAAGGUCUCAAUAAUAUACAAGAUAUUUAUCUUUCCUAUAAUAAAAAGUUGGCUUUGCAAAGUGAAUCAUUCAUUUUUGUCCCAAGCCUUAGAAAACUGAUGCUGAGGAAGGUAGGCUGCAGUAAUCUGGCACUCUCUCCUUCACCUUUUCAUCCUCUACAAAAUCUGACCAUCCUGGACAUCAGCAAUAACAACAUAGCAAACAUAAGAGAUGACUUGUUUGAUGGACUUCACAAACUGGUCAUUCUGGAUUUGCAGCACAAUAAUUUAGCCCGACUUUGGAAACAUGUGAAUCCAGGUGGCCCUGUUCUAUUUCUGAAAGAUCUUCCCAACUUGCGCAUUCUUAAUUUAAAAUCAAAUGGACUUGAUGAGAUUCCAGUUCAGGUUUUCAAGGGUCUGCUUCAAUUAAAAAGCUUGGACUUGGGAUCAAAUAAUUUGAAUUUGCUCCCAGCAACUCUGUUCGAUGACCAAGCCGGGCUGGAUUCAUUGAACCUUCAGAAAAAUCUCAUAACCUCAGUGGAAGAAAAAGUGUUUGGCCCAGCUUUUAAAAGUGUGAGAAUGCUCGAGAUGGAUUCCAAUCCAUUUGAUUGCACCUGUGAAAGCAUAGCUUGGUUUGCUGAUUGGCUUAAUGUGACUCAAGCAUAUAUACCGGGAUUGCAAUCCCAGUAUAUUUGCAACACUCCACCUAAAUAUCAUGGUAGUCUGGUGUUGCAUUUUGAUAGCUCACCCUGCAAAGACAGUGCUCCAUUUAAACUUCUGUUUGUGAUCACUAGCACUAUUGUGAUACUACUCGUCUGUAUUGUUUUUACCAUCCAUUUUGAAGGGUGGAGAAUAGCUUUCUACUGGAAUAUACUAGUGAAUCGAAUACUCGGUUUUAAAGAACUUGACAGACAACAGGAAGAGUUUCAUUAUGAUGCCUAUGUUAUUCAUGCAAGACAAGACAAGAAGUGGGUGUUUAAGUAUUUAGUCUCUCUGGAAGAAAAUAACCUCUUUCCAAUUAAGUUUUGCUUAGAAGAGCGGGACUUUGAAGCAGGCAUCUCUGAAUUUGAAGCCACAAUUAACAGUAUAAAAAUGAGCAGAAAGAUUAUUUUUGUUGUGACUGAACACCUCUUACAGGAUCCCUGGUGCAAAAAUUUUAAGGUGUUUCAUGCUCGUCAGCAAGCCAUUGAACAAAGUCGGGACUCCAUCAUACUGAUCUUCCUUCAAGAUAUCCAAGAUCACAAGUUGUAUCAUGCGCUUCACCUGAGAAGAGGAAUGUUCAGAUCUCGUUGCAUCUUGAACUGGCCAGCCCACAAAGAACGAGUCAGUGCAUUUCAUCAGCAAUUAGUGAUGGCGCUUAAAUCUAAUAGUAAUGUGCACUGAAUUUUGAAAGUGCAGAUUUAAAUUAUGGGGUCAUUCUAUAGCAUAUUUUCCACAUUAGAAAACUAACAAGCCUUCAAGGAAGACCUGAAAAAGUUUGUCAUGCUGGAAAGAUAUGUAACAGUCAAUAUAAUUUCAAUCUAUUUGUUUAUAUUCACAUUUUUGAUGAUAUUUAAAAUUACCUGCAAUGAAGUGACAAGUUAAAAUGAAUCAUGACUGACAGUCACUUCAGUCUGUGUAUCAAAAAUGUGUAGAAAUUCUGAAAAGUAGUGAGAGUGACUGAUGUUCUAGGAAAAAUGUCCAUCUGAUGUAGUGCAGAAAAAACAUAGACUCUCUAAAGGGAUAUGCAAGAGAGAAUGCUACAAGGAUAAAAAUGCAAAGUCUCUGUAGAAGGUGGUGUAGAGACUAUUACUUGCUUUCAUAACACAAGGAGAGAUUUAGUGAACUUAAAAUUAGAAAGCAUUCCAAUGUGAAGCACGGUAAGUAACAUGGAAAUUUAUUUCUGUAGUUGAAACCUAGAAACAUAGCAGUCUUUCAAAGUGAGCUUUGGUUUUAAGAGAAAGCCAGCCACAGAAAGGCUUAGGCCUUCUGGGUAAGGCCAGUAUGGAUGACUGUCCCAAACAGAUUUUCAGACUAAGUCAACUGAUUUAAUCAUUAUGGUAUGAUUAAAAACAGUAUUCUUCCUACUGAAAUUCAGAGUGCUGGCAGAAUGACUGAUAGAGGUCAUCUUGUUUUUUUGAAUGUGCAUAACACUACAUGUCAGCCUUUAAAUAGAACUUGAAAUCAAUGUGAAACAUGCUGGUGCACCUGUAUAAAAUGAGUAAAGGCCUAGAUAUUUCUAUAGCAUAACCAGAACACAACUUUGUGAAGGAGGUGGUGGCUACUAUAUUUUCUUUAAAAAAAACUUUGUUAUUGGUGAUGCAACAACAAAAAAUAAUCCCCCGAACAAGACAGCUUUAAACUGUAUCAGAAAUAUUGCUGUCACUACAGUUAGAGGCAGAGUGGGAGAAAAACUUCAAAAAUAGAUUAAUUUCAAAUUUUGAGUUUUUUUUCUGAAUAACUGUAUAUAAUUUUACCUUUGAUAGCUAAAAAAAAAUGUAAAGAAAUGAGAGAUAAAUCUGUAGUUUGAUUCCUUAUAUGUUAAUUUAGUUUGCUUUCCUUAUACUUCACGGAAACUCCUUGCCAUUUGAUGGAAUUUUUGAGCACAGAUUAUUGUAAAUUAGACACUAGACAGUCAUUUGUAUGUCUUUGAUAAUAUUUAAUUGCUGUUCCAAAGACCUUAUAAGCUUUUACAAUUUGCAGUAAGCUUGAUCCUUCAAUAGCUCAGGAAUAUUUUAAAAUUGCUUUUUCCCCCCCAGCAUUUCCCUCAUCAAUUUCAAUGCCAUCAAUACUCCAAGAAUGCUGUUUUACUGCUUAGGAAACACCUUUCAGAUGGCUUAAUUCUUAACAUUUUAAGCUGCUUUUCUCAUGAUUUCUUUUAUGCAUAGAUGAAAAGUGUUAUUUUUAAAUAGGUUUGUACAUCUCAUGAUGAUAAAUGUAAAUGAGAAAAACAAUUAAUACAUUUUGCAUGCACCAGAAGAAUGAAGCAGGUAUAAGUUGUCUUCACUUGUUCAGGAAGUCCCAAGUGAAAAUAGAAAAGGUUUUGUUUACAGUGGAAGUGAUAGAUGAUGAUUCCCUAAUUACAGUAAUAGGUUUAUCCUCAUUGUGAUGCUUUCAUCUCAUCUUUCUGGCCUUUUCAGAGGAAGUGACAAAUUCUUUCUUCAUGCUUAGGUGAUGAAAGUUGAGGAGGUGAGUUGGUAAGGAUGGGGUGCCAGGCAUGCAUCAUGUCAGUUGUUCUUUCUCUUAUUUAAAGACUAGCAUAUGAAAGGGCUCCUAUGCCAUAUAAAUCUGCAAGGACACAUAGUAGCAGAAUUUUCCAUUCCACAUCAAUAUAAAUUGUUUAGAAAAUGUUAAAAAUUAUAUAAAGAUGUAGAGAAUGCAUGGAGGUGAAACGUGAUACAAAAGGUCUUUUAUGUCCCUUAAACCCUGACAAAUGACAACAUGUCUAAAUUCUAUAGAGAUUUUUCUUGUUACUAUGAAUGCCCCCACAGUUGGUUUCAGAACAGAGAAAAAAUGUGUUUGGAUGCUUAGUUUUGGAAUAUAGCUAAGAAUACAAACUAAAAGUACCUGCUCAUGAGUGAAAAAUCAUUUUAAGUGAUAUGAAAAAUCAUUUUAAAUUAUAAAUAUAUAAUGAUGCAUUCUAAAAAGUUGUUUUAGUACCUGUGUUCAGUUUAAAAUAAUUUGCAUCAGAGAAAGACAUAAUGAAGGCUCAUAAUGAGAGUCAAUGUUAAAAAAAGGCACAAAAGCAUUCAGCACAAGGCCAGUGGUAACCAUCAAUUAUACUUGACAUAAAAUUUUCAUAUAAAUUUCCCGAUUGUCUUGAAGUUACUUCUGCUCUGCUCCUGUACAUUUGUGUGACAGUAUUAUUGAGAGCAAAUAAAUGGGCUUACUGUGGAGAAGAGUUGUAAGUGCUUUCAGGACGAAAAGUCUAGAUCAGUGAUGGGUAGUUUCCUUGCCAUGGGCACCAUCACACUAUACAUUAUGAUGAAUUGCUGAGAAGGUGGCUAUCAAAAACUUGAAAAACAGUUCCAAAUGUAUGUCAAAAACAGUGCAUAGGACUAAAGAGGAAUAAUCUGUGUUGGAAGCAGAAUAUUCUAAAGGACGUGAGUGAGGCAAAAUGCUCAGGCCUCUAGAUUUGGGGCAGAGCCUGACUGUUUCUGUGGUUUUUGAAUGACAAGGAGUAGUGAAAAAGUUACAGACUGUGACAUUCAUAAUAGGAUCUAUUCUAGGUGUUCAUGCAGGGUUGCUCCAGGACCACAACUGAGAUAAAUACAUUAUACACCAACAUUCUCAAUUAUGCUACUUUCACUGUGGCUCAGUUAAGGCUUUUUGGCAUAGUGAGGAAUAAACACAGAUUGUGGCACUCAUACGUUUAUACAGAUCUAUUCCAUAAGGUUUGAUCAGAAUAUAUUUACUUUAGUUGGUAAGAAAA